AUGGUAAUCGUUCCCGUUGGGCAGAUCGUUCAGGACGAAGAGGUGGCUCCUCGCACCGUUUGGGAAAUAAUCAACGCUCAGGUUCGAAAUCGCCGCCAUCCUCUUCCCAGUCAUUUUCGAGUCGAAGAAGGGCCCGAACUCCACCACCAAGCCAUCGCAGAGUAACACCAACUCUACAACAUAGAACAACAAUACAAAGAGAACAACAACGAGAUACAAAUGUCUCAACAACUAGUGAAAUCCCUCCACCUGAAAAGAAAAAACGUGUGGUAGACGAGUCAGAAUUAAGUGAGGGGGAAAUACUAAGUGAUGAUGAAUGAAAAUUUUUUUGA